CCUGCCGGGCUGGGGGGGAGAGGCAGUGUGGGGGGCUAAGGCUGGGGCUGUCAGCGAGAGGCUGCUGCUCCUCGGUGGUCCCGUGGUGACAGCGAAAGUGUCCCGACUUCAGCGGGUCAGCGACUACUUUGUGCCUUCCGAGGAGGCUUGCGUUCCGCAGGGUUGUGUUUUGUAGCCUUCCGAAAGUAUGGCUGUGAGGGAGUUGUUCUGAGCAGGAAAACUGCCCUCACUUCCUUCUUUUCUUGUUAGGCUGAGGAACAGUCUGCAGCACGGAGGCCGUUCUGCAGCUGGGGGCCGGUAAUCUGCGUUAAGCGUAGUGGGAAAAAGUUUUGUGCUCUGCUGCCGGAGAAGGCUGGUUUGAGUGGUGCGUCCUGGCUUAGAGGUGGAGGCUCCUGGGGCUGUUUCCAAGGAAUUGUCCUCCCGUCUGGGUGCAGUGCGCCGCCGGGUGAAUGUUGUAACUGUUGAAUGACCUGACCUUACAGCAGCUGACCACAAAAACAAUUUUAAAAAGGCUUCAGGCGCCACGCUGAGCCGUGUAGCUGCCUGCUAAUGUGUCCGUCUGUUGCUGUUCUCAUUACUGCCUUGCAAGUCUUCUGUGUUACUGCUGGCUGUAGGAUUGUCAUUCAGGUGUAAGUUGAAAACUGCAUUCAAUUUAACCCUUGUACCUUUGUACCUGUCAAUUUCGUUUAACUAUAUGUCCUCAUGGCUGGUCCCCACAAAAUAAUUUAGGAGAAUAUAUUUUAUGUAUCCUGUUCACUAGUUCUGAUUGAACUCAGUUCUUUAGUAUUUCUCUACCACAGAACAAUCUGACAGUCAUUUGAUGUUGUCGCCCCACCUUAUCAUCCCCUUUCUUUUUUUAUUGAAGUUUCCUCUGUUGAAUCAACUUUUGAAACUGACUUCCUAGGUUAUUUUGAGAUUAUAUUCAUUGUCACUCUGCCAGGCUGUAGUGAAUAUUGCAUUAAUUUUUUCUGAGCACUAAGUUAAAUUCAGGUAGUUCAAGUAAGAGGACUUUCAAGAGCCAUAUUAGUGAAAUAACAAUUUGGGCAAUUAUUUCAAAGAGAGACUAGAGAAAAAGUCCCCCCAAAUGCUUCUCAUUGACUUUUCCAUACCUCUUUGGAGUAUGUGACUUGGACACAGUUGCAGACAAAACUGCGGUUCUGAUGCACUUCAGUGUUUGGGAGUUGUUUUUGGUUUUUUUUAUACGAUUGAAACUUUAAUACCAAGUAAAGACUUUUGCAUUUGUCCAACACAUGAUGUCACCAUGACACUGAGUGGAUGCAGAGGAGAUAACAAGCUCCCUGGGUCUCUUCUUCUGACGGGUGGCCACCACCACCUCUCGCUCUUUGAGGGGCAUUCAGUGAAGCUCUGUUCACCACCUGCUAAGCCUCUGAAAGGAUGAGGGAAGGAUCUAAAUGCCCUGGGUGGCUGCCGCCCAUUGCCAUCUGGAGGUGUGCAAGCGCGUGUGUGCAGCGUGUGCUCCUCCUCCUGGGCGCAGAACCGCCGUGCCCCGUAGCUGAGCAGGGAUGCUGUGAAGGCAGCUGUGGUAGAGGCUGUUCCAGGAUCCGUCAGUGAAACGCACUGUACUGGCACGGGCAGGAGCUGCUGGGGUAAGGAACCGUGCUUGUGUAAACGCCUGUAUAUACAGGUGUGUCUGAAUUAAGUGUAGGUGUGUGGGUGUAGCUGUGUGUGAAUACACGUGUACACAGAGAGAGACACGGUCAGGUUAGUCAAGUGCUGUGCGUGCAUAAAGGAAAACCAUUCAAGGAGGGGUGAAGAAUAGGACUUAACGCUGUGCCUCCUUGCCCAGCACCUGGAUUGGGCCGUCAUGGACUUGAGUGCAGGAAGAUAGAGACAGUGUUGGUGUCCGUGUGUUGAGGGAAAGGUGUGUCAUGGCAUCUGCAGUGUGGUGAGGGUUGGGGUUUCUCCUCCUUUUGGACUUGUUAUGUUGCCCAGGGUGAUUUCCCCUAAAAGAGGGAAUUGGUGAUGGGCAAGGGGCUGCUUCUGCUGAGAACUGCACAGACCAACUUCCCGUGGUGGGCUGGUGCUGCUGCGUUUGGAGCAAUCACCGUGCAGGUGAAGAUGCAGGACCCUGAACUUAUUGCAAACACAGUGCGAGCUGUUCUUCAUGCCUUUAAAAAUGGAGUACCUCUGUCAGAGCUUCAGGGUGAAUACAAAUCUCUGACUGGUGACUGGAUUCCCUUCAGGAACCUAGGACAUGGCACACUGCAAAGCUACUUGGAGAGCAUCCCAGGAGUGGUCAGAAUGGAAGGGAACAAAAUGGGAGAGGUCAUUUGCCAUGCUGUUGCUUGCAGCGACACAGCGCCAAUUGCUCAACUGGUGGCACGGCAGAGGAGUUCCAAGAGGAAAAUGGGACGGCAAGUGAACUGCCAGAUGAGGUUGAAGAACACAUCUCCAGUCACCUUAGCAGGAAAGCCCAAAGGAACUUUGCGACAGCCCAGGUCUUUGAGCAUGCCAGAAGAAGGCACCAAGAGGCCUGUUCCUCGCCCGCCACGAGGCAGAGGAGUAGCAUGUGGAGUGGUGAAACCCAGUAUGGAGAGUGCCCGAUCUGCCAUGCCUCCAGCCACUGGGAGUGGAUCAUCUAAAGAAAUUCCCAUGCAGAGGCACGUCACUGUGGUAAACAGAUCUGAGAAGAGACUAUCUGUACCACCACGGUUUCAAAAGGAGUUGCAGGUUCACCUGUCCAGAAGCUCUUCCACAGAUUCAAAUGAUAACUUGAAUACUUCCGUUGCAGAGACACAUACUGCUGCCUCUGGCCCUCCUGCUCGUCAUAUCAAUGAAGUUCAAAGUCGCAUUAUGGAGAUUCUGAGCAAGUGCAGCAGUGGUGUCUGGGUGUCAAAGAUGCCACAGAUCUACCGGGAGAUGUACUGGGAAGAGCUGAGCACAGCAGUGCUCCGUCAGCUUGAGAACUGGCCUCAUGUGUGCACAGUGGAGAAAGUACACAGGGGUGAUCAGAUCGAUGGGCUUCUUUAUCCUGCUAAGAAGAUGCCACCAGUAGCAAAAACUGAUACAGAGCAAGAAAAAGCGCCUAAGAAUGUUGCUGCUUUAAAAGUAGACCCUUUGUUAAAACCAAAAGGGGAGACCACGCCCACAUCACUUAGUAGUGACAUCAAGCAGAAAGUUGUUAACAUCUUGCUGAAGUAUUCCAGUGGUCUUUGGGCUAACGCGCUUCCCAAGUUAUACGAAGACACUUACCAAGUGAAAUUUCCAGAAGACAUUCUAAAUAAUCUAGAGUUGCUCUCAGAUAUAUGUGUAGUGGACUAUGUGUCUGAAGUCCCCAGAAAGGCAAUCCUCUAUGCUAAACCCCAAAGAUGCACUGAUGAAAAUCUGAAUGUCACUGAGAAAGUCCAGAGGCAUGAUGGUGCGAAGGCCACAGCUGAACAGCAGUAUGAAGAAUCCAAGGACCAGUAUCCAGAGAAUAUCACUGUUCCUCCUCUAGUCAUUCCAUCGGAAGGAUCUGUGUCUGUCAUAGUGUUGGAACUGAAAAACACUAAUGAUGUCCUCAUUAGGUAUGUGGGCAAAGAUUAUUCUUCUGCCCAGGAGCAAAUGGAAGAUGACAUGAAGGCAUUCUACAGUCAGAAUAGUACAGUGUCAUUAGCUCAGUCUCUGAGUGUUGGGCAACUUGUUGCAGUACAUGCUGAAGAAGAUGCCUGGUUGCGUGCUCGGAUAAUUUCUUUAGAAGACAACAAAAUAAAGGUAUGCUAUGUUGAUCAUGGCUUCAGUGAGUUUGUUGAAAGCAACAGUGUGUACAAACUACUGAAACAGUUCAGUUCACUUCCAUUUCAAGCUGCAAAAUGUAAACUGGCAGGACUGGAAGUCUUCUGUGAUGAUCCUGUCCUAGUAAAGACUGUGGAAUCACAGACAUGCUCUAAGAUAUUUGCUGUGGAAAUACUGGAAAGGAGUGAUACUCCUCUUCUUGUUCUCUAUGACACUUCUGGAGAAGAUGAUAUCAACAUCAAUGCUACUUGUCUGAAGGCAUUGUACGACAAGUCCCUUGAACUGCACCUUAAGGUAGAUGGACUCUAUACAAAUGUGAGAGUAACCAGUAUUUUCUCUGAUGGAAGCCUGUAUUGCCAAGUGCCAUCUAAAGGCUUGUCUAGACUUUCUGAAAUCUUGCAGAAACUAGAAGACUUCUUCCAUUACAAGCGGACAUCUGAGUUCAAUGUAUCACUACCUUUCUGUGGCAAAAUCUGCUUGUUUCCUUCCAAAGGAAAAUGGGCACGUGUAGAGAUAAGAUUUAUUCACUCUAGCCGGGCACUUGAUGUGCAGUUCAUGGAUACUGGAACAGUUGCAACUGUGAAAAUAUCAGAGCUUAAAGAAAUCCCACCACAAUUCCUGAGAGAAGUAAUUGCAAUACCUCCUCAGGCUAUAAAAUGCUGCCUAGCAGAUCUGCCUCCUAACACUGGUAUGUGGACUCCAGAUGCUGUACUGUGGCUGAGAGACACUGUAAUGAAUUGUCCUGAAUUUAGCAUGAAGGUGGUUAAGCAGGAUGGUUCAAAGGGAAUUGCACACAUUUACUUGUUUGCUCCAGAGAAUUUUCCCGAUACGGAUCGUAGUGUCAAUCGACAGAUCAAAAAUGCAGACUUGUGGAAGCAUCAGAAAGAUGUUUUCUUGAGUGUCACACCCAGUGGGACUAGCUCCACAAAAGUGACAAGUGAUGCUGUGUCAGCUCUACGGUCAACUAGUGGAAAGGUGGAGAAGAGUGUCUCUGAUUCAGCCAGAGAGCCCAGCAGCACAGCAGCUACUAUUGAUAUGCCUCCACCUCUACCCUUGUCAAAGACUGGCGAGCUCAUGGAUGUCUAUGUCUCAGUGGCCUGCCAUCCAGGUCACUUUAUUGUCCAGCCUUGGAAAGAGCUACAUAAUCUGGAAGCCCUAAUGGAAGAAAUGAUCUUGUACUACAGCAGGGCAGAAGAGAAACCUGUGAACGUUGAGAAAAACAAGCUCUAUGCAGCUAAAAUUGAAAAUCAGUGGUACAGGGUCAUAAUAAAAGGAAUUCUUAGAAACGGGUUUUUGUCAGUGUAUGAGCUGGACUACGGUAAACAUGAGUUUGUCAGCAUAGAGAAAGUACAGCCACUCAUGGAUACAUUUAGAAAACUACCUUUCCAAGCUGUAGCAGCUCAGCUUGCAGGAGUGAAAAGCCAGCAAUGGUCAGAAGAAGCAUCAAUAGUGUUUCGGAAUCUUGUAGAGAAGAAACCCUUGGUGGCACAGAUACAGGCAGUUAAUGAAAGUGCUAACUCUUGGGAUCGUAAAAUAGUGACUUUCCUCGUGGACACAUCUCAUCCAGAUACUGAUAUAUGGAUUCAUGAUUUUGUGUCUCAGAGUCUUGUGGAAUUUUCAAAGGAUGAUUAAUCACCAUUUCUGAAAUGUAGCUGCUCAGAUUCUUUAGCAAUAAGAUAAGUAACAGGCUUUUAAGAGAAAUAUAACUACUACAUGGCCUUGAAGACAUAAAGGGGAUAAAAUUUACAAACCUGUGUUCUGUGAAAAAGAUUUGUUUAACAAGUUUGGGUUCUGUUGACUUCAGUUGACUUCCUGAAAAUUUGCACUUUGUUUACCAUUGUAAUGCUAGAAUGUUUGAGUGAAAAUAUUAAAAAAGUUAUUUAUCAAUAAAACAAUGUUGACUUUU